CAGUCGUGCUGGGAAGCCCGUCAUCUGUGCGACGAUGAUUGAGUCGAUGGUAAAGAACCCUCGUUCAACACGUGCAGGAGGAAGUGAUGUAGCUAAUGCUCAUGCUCUGGAUGGAGCGGAUUGCGUCAUGCUCUCUGGAGAAACUGCGAAAGGAGAUUACCCUCUUGAAGCUCUCAAGAUGCACUACAUCUGCAAGGAAGCUGAAGCUGCUCUUUACCACAACAAACUCUUCGAAGAGCUUCUAAACACCCCACGUCCAACUUAAAUGACCCAAACUAUCGCAACAGCAGCAACCAGUGCCGCUGUCAGUGGUCAUGCAUCGGCUAUACUUCUGAUUGCCACCACUGGACGUUUUGCACUUUGUUGCUCUCGUUACAAGAGUCCUGUGCCAAUAUUAACAAUCUGCCGUAAUGCUAGUGUCUGCGCUAGCUUCAUUGGUACAGAGGUAUCUUCCCAGUGCACUACGAUAAACCACGUUGCAAUCGAUCGGACUACGGAUAUAGAAAAUAGACGUAAAAAGGUAGCACUGCCAUGCAUGAUGCUUUGA